AUGGACUUAGAAAAUGAAACUAAGCUGAUUUCACCUGAGGAACCAGAGUCUGGAUCUAAGCUAUUAUUUAGAAAAGAAGAAUGUUGCCUUGAUCAUUCAGAUCCAGAUAAGGAAGCAAAAGUAGAGGAGGAGGUGACGGAAGGUCACCAAGAGGAAGACUUUCCACCUUUUAUAACUUUUACUAGAUCUGAGGAUGAACAGAAAGUAAAAUAUUUAGAGGAGAUGCAACGGUUGCAAAAUAGUCAAGGGAAUAAAGUAAGAUCUCAUAACCCUAUACCUUUUGAGCGGUUAAAGGAAUUAAAAGCAGCUUGUGUGCAAUAUGGCCCUACAGCUCCUUUCACGCUUGCUAUUAUAGACUCUAUGGCAUUUGAGACACUCCCUCCAGGGGACUGGAAACAAGUAGCAAAGGCAUGUUUGUCAGGAGGAGACUAUUUAUUGUGGAAAACAGAAUAUACGGAGAACUGUCAGGCUAUUGCUAAGGUGAAUAAGGCUCAGGGGGUACCUAUUACUUUUGAUAUGCUGGCAGGAGAGGGACCAUAUCGGGAACUUGAGAAUCAAUUGAGGUUUGAUGUAGGUGUUUAUGCUCAGGUUAAUGCACAAGCUAAAAAGGCUUGGCGUAAACUUCCAUCUAUUGGGAGGGGGACUGAAGAUUUGUCAAAAAUUAGGCAAGGACCUGAUGAAUUAUAUCAAAACUUUGUGGAUAGAUUAUUACAGGCUGCUAACAGACUGGUUGGAGAUUCUGAAGCAGGACUUGCACUUGUAAAAUUAUUAGCCUAUGAGAAUGCUAACUCUGCUUGUCAAGUGGCCCUGAGGCCAUUUAGGAGAAAGGGGAACAUAAUGGAUUACAUUAGUCUAUGUUCUGACAUAGGUCCAUCCUAUACACAAGGGCUAGCAUUGGUUGCUGCCCUUCAAGGGAAGUCAGUCAAGGAGGAUGCUGACAAUGCCAGGUGGCUGCCAGAGAGGUUGGUCCAGUUCGCAGGGACUGAACAUCAGAAGAAUGAUGCCUCUGCUCUUAAUGAUGUGGAUUCAACUCCCGAUGAUCCACAAAUUGUCCUCUGA